AUGGCCUCCGUCAUGAAAGCCAUCGACAUCCAAAACGGCUCCGGCCCCGCGACCUCCCUCUUCCUCAACCCCUCCACCCCCCUCCCCACCCCCGCCCCCGGCCAAGCCCUCAUCAAAAUCCACGCCUUCGGCCUCAACCGCAUGGACCUAAUCCAGCGCGAAGGCCACUACCCGCUUCCGCCGCAAGCCCCCUCCACCCUCGGCGUCGAAUUCAGCGGCACCAUCGCCUCGCUGGGACCUCUCCUCCCAUCUUCACCCUCACCCACCCCCACGGCAGAAGGAGCAGGGAAAGAGGAGUUCCAACCCGGCGACGCGGUCUUUGGGCUCGCCUACGGCGGCGCGUACGCCGAUGUGGAGGGUGAGGGUGGCGGGGACAGGAAAAAGAAGAAGAGUGUGCUGUGGCAUGCGGGCGCGUCCGGGGUUUCGAUCGCGGGCAUUCAGUUAUCGCGGUUGGCGGGCGCGAGCGAGGUGUUUGCGACGGUGGGGACGGAUGCGAAGUGUCGGUUUGUGGAGAGGGAGUUGGGGGCGGAUUUGGCGGUGAAUUAUAAGGAGAGGGAUUGGGUGAAGGAGAUAUUGGAGAGGACUGGGGGGAGGGGGGUGGAUUUGGUGGUAGAUUUUGUGGGGGGGGAAUACUUCCAGAAGAACCUGGAUGUGGUGGCCAGGGAUGGGCGGAUUUGCAUGCUGGGCUUGAUGGGCGAUAAGCUGGAGGAGUAUUUGCCCAAGUUCGAGAGCGGUGAGCUCAAGGUGCUGAUCGAUACCGUCUUGCCAUGGGAGGACAUUGUCAAGGCGCACCAGCUGCUGGAGGAGAACAAGACCAUGGGCAAGAUCAUCUGCACCAUUUCGUAA